CCUCAUAUUUCUCCCGUCUCCUGCCUCUGGAACCCCUCAUCCCUUCUUGCCCCUCUAUCUUCCCCACUACAUCCACACUCAUCAUCAUGAUCGCUGCCCGCACUCCCACGCUUCUCCGCGCCUCGUUGCGCACUGCAAGCCAGGUCACGCCGCGAGUCGGCCAAGCCUCAAUUCCUGCUGCCCGCAGCAUCACCAACCUUGCCAAGAAGCAGUACACGGCUCACGGCCGAGCAGAGGGCAAAGGUCGUGACGGCCACGCUCUCCUCGUUGGCGACCAGGUCGGCCUUGAGGUCAGCCUUGGCCUGCCCAAGGAGCUGGGAGGCAACGGUGCGGGUAACAACCCAGAGGAGCUCUUCUCCCUGGCGUACUCGUCGUGCUUCCUCUCGGCUCUCCAGCUUGUUGCGAGGAACGCCAAGGAGCAGCUUCCCUCUGACACCUCUGUCGAUGCUCUUGUCCACAUCGGACCCCCCGAAGGAUCUGAGGGCUUUGCCAUUGCCGUAGACCUGACGAUCAAAUCGAGCCUCUCCGACAAGAACAAGCUGCAGUCUCUUGUCGAUCAGGCGCACCAGGUUUGCCCCUACUCGAACGCUACUCGCAACAACGUGCCCGUCAGCAUCAAUGUUCAGUAGAGACUCUGUAGAGAUGUUCGAUAAUUUGAUAGGAUUGCAAUGCAUGCCUCGAUCUUGGGCGUUGAGCAUGGAUCGGCUCGGCGACUUGAAGUGACAGUCAGGCUGGCAGAUCCGCCAUGCCACCCCGCGUCAACCCUGCGAGCCAAUUGCUGAGUCCUUGCAUCAUUAUUGUCAACGUUGUCAACGAUGAAGUC